CACCUCCAGGGCUCUACGUCCCUGUUUCCAUUCCUCACAAUGUGACCAUUCACUCGCUCAAAUAACCAGCCACCAUGCUCCUCCUCGGCCUAACCGGCUCCAUAGCCACGGGAAAGUCCACCGUCUCCUCCAUCCUCUCCAAAGCGCCCUACUCGCUCCCCAUCAUUGACGCCGACCUCAUUGCCCGCCAAGUCGUCGAGCCAGGCACCGCCGGAUACAAUGCCAUAGUCCGGUACUUCGCGCCCACGACGCCGGACCUCCUCCUCCCGGAAGCGGGGCCCAAGGGCCGACCACUGAAUCGUCCGGCGCUGGGCAGGAGAGUCUUUGGGCAGGGCGAGGAACGCGAACGAGACAGGAAGGUCCUCAAUGGGAUUGUGCACCCCGCCGUGCGGAAAGAGAUGUACAGACAGAUGAUCUGGGCAUAUCUGAAGGGCCACUGGGCCGUCGUUCUGGAUGUGCCGCUGCUGUUUGAAAGCGGGUGGGAGCGAUACUGCGGAACGAUUCUCGUGGUCGGGGUGUCGGAUCCGGCGAUCCAGAUUCAGCGGUUGCGAGCACGGGAUCCGCAUCUCACCGAGGAGGAUGCGCGGAAUCGCGUCCUUAGUCAGGGGGAUAUCAGGGAGAAGGCGAAGCGGUGCGAGCGGCGGGGUGAGGGGAGGGGAGUUGUCGUGUGGAAUGAUGGGGAUAGGGAGGACUUGGAGAGAAAUCUGCAGCGGGUGAUGGAGGAUAUCAGGCGGAGGAGUCCCGGGUGGUGGAGUUUUUUACUGUGGGUGUGUCCACCGCUGGCGGCGAUGGCCGGGUUGGUGAGCUGGUAUAAGAUGAAGAAGGUGCAGGAGAGUUGGGAGGAGGAGAAGAGGAAGGAGAAGGCGAAGUUGUGAGGAAGAUGUGGGCGGGAAAGGAAGGCAAGUACAUUAAGACACCCCAAUUAUUCAGUUUCCUCAUAUCCGUCUUAUCCUUGCUUGUUCGUAUCUGAAUUGCUCGUUGGUUGCCAA